CCUGUCCCUCUAUAAAAAGGCAAAGAGUAGCCCAGGAGCCAUCACAGACUCGGAGGAGACAGUCUCUGAGUGAAGCUCCUGCAACAACUGGCUGCUGAACCCAGGAGAGAAGGAUGAAGUUCGCUCUCCAUGCCGCGCUGUGCUUGGGGAUAUUGGUGCUCUGUCUUGCUGACCCUCCAGCCCAAAGUUCCGUCCGAUGGUGCACAAUAUCCGAUGCAGAGCAGAAGAAAUGUGUGGAAUUGAAGACGAAAAUGUCCUCAACCCCUUCAUUAGAAUGUGUGAAGAAACUAACUUACUCUGACUGCAUAAAAGCCAUUGGGGCAAAUGAAGCAGAUGCCAUAAGUCUGGAUGGUGGCCACAUUUUCGAAGCACACCUUGCCCCAUAUAAUCUGAAGCCUGUUGUGGCUGAGGUCCAUGGCACAGGAAAAGAUGCGGCCACCAGCUAUUAUGCUGUGGCAGUGGUGAAGAAAGGAACUGGCUUCACAAUAAGGGAACUUAAAGGGAAGAAAUCCUGCCACACAGGGUUAGACAGGUCUGCUGGCUGGGUCAUUCCCAUUGGGACCCUCUUGUACCAUCAAAUCCUAUCCUGGGAUAGAGCCACUCCUAUAACCCACGCUGUGGCCCAGUUUUUCUCAGCCAGCUGCGUCCCUGGUGCCCCUGCAAAUGAACCCAAUCUGUGCCGCUUAUGCCUUGGGACAGGUGCUCAAAAAUGUUCCCGUACUGGGCCUUAUUCUGGCUAUUCUGGAGCCUUUCAGUGUCUGAAAGAUGGAGCUGGAGAUGUAGCUUUUGUCAAACACACAACUGUUCUAGAAAAUGACCCAAGUGGGAAAGACGAGUAUGAGCUGCUGUGUGAAGAUGGUUCCCGGAAGCCUGUAGAUAAGUAUCAUGAGUGUCACUGGGCCAAAGUUGCUGCUCAUGCUGUUGUGGCUCGAAGUGUUGAUGGCCGGGCUGACGAGAUCUGGAGCUUCCUCUCUCAGGCAGAGGCAAAGUAUGGCAAGAACACAAAAGAGAGCUUCAAACUCUUCAGCUCACCUUAUGGGAAAGAUCUGCUUUUUAAGGACUCUGCUUCCACUUUUAUCCGUGUCCCUCGACUGAUGGAUUCCCAGUUCUAUCUGGGCUACCAGUACUGGGCUGCUAUUCAGAGUCUCAGGCCAGUUGCUUCCCUAGAAACUCCUGAAGCCCCUUUGAAAAAGGUGAAGUGGUGCACAAUAAGUAAGGAUGAGAAGGCCAAGUGUGAUGAAUGGAGUGCAGUGAGUGGAGGCAGCCUGGACUGUGCAGUGGCAGAAACAACAGAGGACUGCAUUGCCAAGAUAAUGAAAGGUGAUGCGGAUGCCAUAAGCUUGGAUGGAGGUCAUGUCUACACGGCUGGUACAUGUGGUUUGGUGCCAGUCAUGGGAGAAUACUAUGGGGAUGACAUUAAACGAUGCAAGAAUGAAGGAGCACCCGGAGAAACAUAUUAUGCCGUGGCUGUGGUGAAGAAAUCCAACCCCGGUAUCACCUGGAAGACCCUGCGUGAUAGGAAGUCUUGUCAUACAGCUGUUGGGAGAACUGCUGGCUGGAAUGUCCCCAUGGGCUUGAUUCACAAUGAAACCGGGAGUUGCAACUUUGAUAAGUUCUUCAGUAAAAGCUGUGCUCCUGGAUCUCCAGUUACCUCACCACUCUGCGACUUGUGUGUGGGCUCAGGCAGCACCCUCCCACCAAAUUACAGGUGUGCCGCCAACAGCAAUGAGAGAUACUAUGGAUACAGCGGGGCCUUCCGGUGCCUGGUUGAAAAGGGAGACGUGGCCUUUGUUAAGCACACCAUUGUCAGUGAGAACACCGAUGGACAUAAUGCUGCUGACUGGGCAAAGGGGCUGAAAAGUGACCAGUUCGAGUUGCUGUGCCGGGAUGGAAAGCGCGCCCGUCCUGAUGAAUACAAGAAAUGCCACCUGGCUCUAGUUCCUGCCCAUGCUGUGGUCACACGUCCAGACAGAGCAGCUGCUGUCCGUGACAUGCUGAUAAACCAACAGGAACUGUAUGGAAGCCAUGGAUCUCAGACAGCUAUUUUCCAGAUAUUUCAGUCUGAAACCAAGGACCUUUUAUUCAAGGAUUCCACCACGUGCCUGAUUCAACUCUCCAUAGGAACAACCUAUGAGCAGUUCCUGGGAAAAGACUACUUUGAUUCUGUCUCUAGUCUCAAUAAGUGCUCACCAUCAGAACUCCUCCAAGUCUGCAGCUUCAGGGUGAAAGGACACGUGGCUGCCAGCGCGGGGCAAGGGAUGGCGCCGGAGGGCGACCAGCGAAGCGGGCUGCAGCCUUACCUGGACUCGCUGCGGCAGGAGCUGCAGGCGCCGAAUGCGACCCUGCUCUCGGUGCUGCUGGCGCUGCUGGCCGUGGCCCUGACCCUGCUGGUUUGGAAACUUAUCCAGGGCAGGAAGAGCAGCCGGAGGACAGUGCUUCUGGUAGGCCUUUGUGACUCAGGAAAAACACUGCUGUUUGUCCGACUGUUAACAGGCACUUACCGAAACACCCAGACCUCCAUAACUGAUAGCUCUGCUGUUUACAGAGUCAGUAAUGACAAGGGCUCUAGUGUGACGCUGGUUGACCUCCCAGGCCAUGAGAGCUUGCGACUUCAGUUCUUGGAGAAGUUCAAAGCUACAGCUAGAGCGAUCGUGUUUGUCGUGGACAGCGUAGCGUUCCAGCGGGAGGUGAAGGAUGUGGCAGAGUUCCUGUACCAGGUCCUGACUGACUGCACCGUGCUGAAAAACACUCUGCCACUGCUGAUAGCCUGCAACAAGCAAGAUAUCACGAUGGCAAAAUCGGCCAAGCUUAUUCAGCAGCAGCUGGAGAAAGAACUCAACACCUUACGAGUGACUCGCUCAGCUGCCCCCAGCACCUUGGACGGCUCAGCCUCCAGUGGGACUGCUCAGCUGGGGAAGAAGGGCAAGGAGUUUGACUUCUCACAGCUGCCCAUGAAGGUGGAGCUGGUGGAGUGCAGCGCCAGAGGCAGCAAGGCGGAGGAAGGCAGUGCUGACAUCGAGGACUUGGAGAAAUGGCUGGCCAGGAUUGCCUGAAAGCUGGGCUGUGUGGGAGGCAGAAACUAUCAAAGGGGAAACUAAUGAUAAAGGCAUUUGGCAUCUGAUACAGAAGUACUGAUGGGAAGGAGUGGGGCCCAAAAUGUAAUCUUUCUAUGGAAAGAACUUCAGGCAUGCGCCAGCAGUAAAUGCACUGUUACCUGCACUGAGCUGGGUUUGAAUCAACCUGUGAACGUAUUUGCCACUGUGAUUUCCGCCAACUGCAGCCCUUCCUGUUCCUAUCUCAUGCUCCCCUUCUGGGAGGCUGCCUCUAGUGCUUGAGCUGCAGAGGGUUUAGAGUGGGGUUUCACUUGGGGUAAGGAGCCUCUGGUUGUCCCAGGCAGCCUCCAAACAGAUGGGAGGGUUAUAUUUGGAUAGCAGAAAUUAUUUCAAGAUUGGACUUUGCAGCCACUCCUGCUUUACCUUGGCAUCUCAGCCCUGGUGCCCAUGGUCGUUACUAAUAACCCUACUCAUGGUGUCUGAUUUCUUCUCCCAUUCCUGUCCUCUGUGAAUCGGGUACAGUGAGUUUGUGAUCUUUGUGCUGCCACAGCUAAAAUGUCCAAUUGCACAUGCUACCGGGAAAUCCCUGCCUGCUAUGGAAUGUACUAACGCUGCUUUCACAGGGGUUGGCCAGCCUCCUGCUGCUCCCCCCAUUCCCACCUCCCUUUCAAAAGGAACACACAGCCAGAUUGUCAGAUGUGCUCAGCACCCAUGUAAGCACCUAUAUGGAAGUGACCAGAUUGUCAGACAUGCAUAGUAGGGGCUGGAGAGUGCUGAGCACUUCUCAAGAUCUGGCCACUUCCAUGUGUGUGCUGAACUCUUGGAAAAUCUGACCCGGAUAGUAAAGGUGAUUGAUGAUCAUUGUGUACAUGGGGGCUGCUGUUCUAUUUGGCUCCAGUCCAGUCUUUGGUGCUGAUUUGCUUCUGCAGAGCACACAGUGCUAAGGAAGCUCAUGCAUUCCUGUACAUUACUUCUCAGGAGUGGUGUACAGUUUUAUAAUGUGAUCUUCAUAAAUGCACACAACAGUGUUUGUAACAAAAAUGGUUGGUCUAGGUUAAACUACUGGGAGGCCUGUAUGCCUGGGUCUGAAUAUAACCCACUUCUCCUUCCCAGGACUCCAACCUGAGUGCUGGAUUCACCUCUCUCCAUGCAGACAUGCCCCACUUUCAGCUCCGUUUUUUCUUGAGACAGGACAGCAGCUUGCUGGUGCUCAGGUUGUGCUCUGGAGCCACCUGUGCCUUUAGGAUCAGGAGCGCAGCACCCAUACGGAGGGAACAGAAACCAGAGUAAUCGGAAGUGAACAUGACUAGCUAGAUGGUGUCUCUCAUAUAGAGGCUUGGCUGCUUAUUUUAUGUGAUGGUGCCCUAAUCUCCUGGUGAAAUCCUGGCUCCUUUGAAGUCAGUGGGACUUUUGCCAUUGAUUUCAUUGGCUAGGAGUUCACCCUUGAUCUUUAACUGGGGCAGGGUCUGGAAUUACAGCUGAAUUUAGCAGACUCGCACAACGAAUAUGUAUUAAAACCCCAUUGAGGUGCGUGUUUCGCCUGUUUUUUGUCUUUCGGUUAGGCCCUCCUCCUGCAAACGUGCACGAAUGGGCUCACUCAGUUCAGUGAGGUUUGAAGAACAGAACUGUCCCCAUGUGGGAUCUGCAUGCGCCCCUGAGUCAGUGAUUUCGUAAGCAGAAUUUGACAUCAGAAUUGUCCUACAAUGAAUUGUGUUGUCACUUCAGUUGGACGAGGCUGUAGAAAGAGAGGUAGAGGUUGACUUUUAAAGGCAUUUUUUCCUUGUUUACCGAUAAAGUCAGUGAUUGUCAUAGGAGCCAGGAAUAGCUGCACAGAGGGCCUAAGAUCAGUUUACUGACAUGAUGGGGAGCAGACUUUGCAGUUUAGGUGUUUCUGAUGAAGGUUCUUGAUGACGAAGGGGAAAGCAUUGGAGUUUCCCAGUUCUUGUUACGUUUGUCCCCUGUAAUGUUUAAAGCCAAGGGAUCUGUUGUGGUCGCCAGAUGCGGUGCCCUGUUGUGUGUUACAAGUAUUAUGCUUAAUUUUGCAAAGGAACAAUUCAGUAGCAGUCUGCUUCUUCCUGCAGAUGUACUCAGCCUAUUGGGGUCUAGUCCAGGACCUGUUGGAGUCUGACUUUAGCGCACAUUGGAUCAGGUCUAAGAGCUCUUUCCAAAGGUGGAAAGAAUGAACUGACUGACCUUGGGAGAGAUUCCACAAACAAGCCUGCAGGGUGUUAGCAGCAGAAGCCGGGGGGGGGAGGGGAGGGGAAGGUGGUGGCAAACUGUCUGUUGGUUGCAGUGCUGCUGUGUCUUAAUGGGCUGGCUGAGGAGAUAACAUCCUCUUGGUGACCUUUUCCAAUGGUUUUCUUCACUCACAAUGGGGCUCUGGCAGUGAGCAUUGUCUGUGCCUCCAGCGGAGUCUUCCAGCAGAGCUCACUGCAGGCUCAGCUGGGGGAAUCCUUUGUGAUGCUGGAUUGUUCAUCUUGCCUCUGCUUCCUUAAUAGGAACCUUCUCUGCAAAGAGGUGCUCACUGACCAGAGGCCACCUGCUGCUAAUAGGCUUGUGGUCUGCUGACUGUUGCCUCCCUGCGGUAUCUGCUGAAGAGAGCAGCUGCUGGUACACAGGAAAUGCCGUCGCUGGGUUUUCUUUGUGGCAGGAUUUGGCAUUAUCUAUAACCCAGCCAGUCUCUUAGUCUAGAAGGUGGGAGAGAGGUGGUGGCUGGUCCUCUGGUUGGCUGUGUUGGUAAGAAUUCAGUAUUUGAACUUUGCUCCUGGCAAAUCUUGUUCCUUCCCCUACUUUCAGCCUGAUGUUCUCUGUGGACCCCUUCUUGCCAGGUCAAGCAAUACACGACAGAGUAUCUUCUGUCAAAGGUUACAUUCUGUAUCCACAUAUUCUGUUCUCUGACGUCUGUACGCUCUGCUCUCCUUAGCACUAACGGAUGUAUAAAGCUGUGCAGCAAGAGCAGAUCGACUUGUGCUACUCCCGUCAAUUGGAGAAAGGUGGUUUGUUUGCAAACAGCAUCUUUUCUUGAAGAGAAGUGAAUGUCUGAGCUGGGCUUUGCAUCCAAAACUGCCAAAUCGGUGGGACCAGAUGAAUCUUCUCAAAACGGUAUGACCAGCCCUGUUCAUUGCAGCAGCAGUUGGGAGGAUUAAAUAUACUGCUAACACUUGGUGUCAGUGGAGGAGUGAGGGGGUGGCAUGCUGAACUGCUCCUCCUUUGCUCCCCCUACCCCUUCCCAUGGCUCCUAUUUGAGUUGGGAAUGCUAAGACAGUACACUUUCCAAUGCCUCUUUGAGAGACAGGUCCUUCCCAGGCUGCUCUGGUUUAAAAACCUGUCCUUGGGCCGAGAGAGGAGCCAAGCUGGACGUUCACUAGCCAAAUGAUUUUUGCGUUAAGGAUGUUGUGCUCUUCAAUUUCAAAGCAUAAACUUUUCAGCAGCAGAAUGUUACUGGAGCUAUGUCACCAGUCACAUUUUUGAAUUUAGUUAGCCAGGGCAAUUGUCUGAUCUGGUCAGUCUGUACCCGCAAUGCUGAAGUGAGGAAUGAAGAACUUACCCUUUUUUUUUUUUUUUUUUUUUCCCCUUUUUGCUACCAGCAGCUGCCUUCUUGAGACGCCCCAGCCUACAGGGGUGAGGACCUAGGAGCCUGUUUUUGCUUUUAAAUUAUUCUUGGUAAAUGUGGUUACUUAAAUAAAGAAGUUUGGCUACA